AUGAACGUCAGGGAAAAGCCGGUAUUGUCAGAUACUGAUAUUGGCUCAGUUAAGAGUAUUGCGGACAGAGAAAAGAAAAUUUUAAGGUAUUAUUACUACAUCUACAACGGUAUCAAUACUGACGAUGUGGCUCCAAUCGAUGAAGAAUGGACACAACGUAUAGAGUCUUCAAUUAAGGCAAAUCUCCGGAAACCUACUCACAUGGCACUAAUAGAAAAGCUGGAAGAUGAAAUACGCGAAGAUUAUUUCCUCAGUGUAAAGAAAGCCAUCGUGAAUUUUACUAUGAAUGACUCUUCGGAUUUAAAACAAGAUUUAAUCGGACCAUCCAUAAUCUCCGAUGAGAAUACCGAAGAGCAGCGAGCAUCAGAGCGUCGUAAAGAAUUAUUCAUUGUACCCAAACCAUGGCAUUCAUCAUUUUUAUCAGCGUAUAAGUAUUGUCAAAGAAACUUAUUUAUAACAAACAUCUGCAUCCAUCAGUUAUUAAAUUUAUGGCAUACAAAAUUUGCAGAUUUAAGACUAAUUAAUGUGCAGGAAUUGUAUUCAGAAUCGUCUGCUCUAGAAUUAUCGGCAUUUCAACAAAUUUGUGUAAAACACAUUGAAACGACAAAAGAAAAAUUGAUCAAACAAUGGCUUAACGAUAUACAAAAUAUAAUCUUUCAAGGAAAUAAACGUAAACUUGUUCCGACUAAUGAUGAUCCAUUGAAAGCUGAAGCAUUUUAUAGAUGUGCAGCCACAUUGAUGACAGAGCAUUUACAAAUACUUGGGUUAAUUUCAAUGUUGGAUUAUAAAAAUCUUGUUUGUCAAUCCUUAACUAAUUCAAAUGGUCUACAGCAUCCUGGAUUUAUUGUACGCCUUGUUUUAGAUGAGAAUAUAGUGAAAUUUGAGCCAUCCAUAGAAGAAUUUGAAAGUAAACUAUUGAAUAUAUUCGAUUAUAUGCAUGAAGUGAUUCAAAGUAUUCCUAGGAUUGAAACUCGCCUUUAUUCAGAUUGGAAAUCUGAGAAUACCACAUUACAUCCAAUUAUAUUAAGUGAAAUUAUCGAAGAACGUAAAUUUGAAGUCAAACAAAUGUUAUCAUUACAAAUUAAAGGACCAGAAUCACAUAUACGAGAAUAUGAUAAAUAUCAAUUUCUGGUCAACAGAGAAGCUGAACAAAACAUUGAAUUGUUAUUAAAUCCACCGGUACCGGAACUAACAGUUCAAGCUACUGAAUCUACUGAUGAUGAUGAUCUACAGGAAAAUCUUGAUCAACAAGAUGAAUUCGAUGAAACAGGAGAAAAAGAUGUUUUUGAAAGCAGACCAAUCGGACCAUCAUUUGAAGAAUUGACACAUGAAUUGUUAAAAUAUGAUCGUUUAGUGAAAAAAAUUCAAUAUGAUUCUAGACGUAUAGUUCAGUUGGGAUUGUUUGAGGUACAUUGUGAUGAAUUGAUUCGUUCGUUAACUAAACGCGCUGAAAGUAUCGCAGAUCGUGUUUUGGAACGAAUUUUAGAAGAUCAUAGAAUAAUGAACAAAAAUUUAAUUAAAGAAUUUGAAAUUAUCAGCGCUAAAGCUCUAACUGUUCCAACUGAUAUUGCACAUAUGAUGCAAAUCAAUGAGUUUGUUGAUCGGACAGAAAAAGUCACAAUGAAUAAUUUAGAACGUGAACUAAGUAAUUCCAAAGAUCGUUUAUUAUUUCUCAUGGAUCAUGCACAAUUAAAUCCAUCCGAUAUGCAAAUCAAUAGUCAAGUUUUUGAAUGGUAUACACGUAUGACUGAAGUAUUUAAUGAAAGUCGAAAUAUUGCCAAAAUGAAACGUGAAGAAUUCGAAAUCGGUCUUAGGUAUAAACGUGAAAAAUUUAUUGAAGAAAUUGAAGCAUAUCGAAAAAAAGUGGAUAAAUUUCAAGCUUAUGGAGAUAUCAAUCAAGUCGAGCGUUAUUUGAAGAAAGCAGAAAGUUUAAAUUCCAAAUUAGAAUUAGCUUUAACUAAAAUAGAUGGAUUCAAUGCAGAUGAAGAAGCAUUGAAAUGGGAAGUCACAUCCUAUCCAUUACGUAAUGAAGUACAAAAUAUAUUGAAGCCAUUUUUAAGUCUGUAUAAAAUAGCAGUAGAAUUCAAUCAAAAACAUAAUGACUGGAUGGAUGGACCGAUGGAUAAAGUUGAACCAGAACAAGUCGAUAUGGAUGUCACGAACUAUUAUCGUAAUUUAUUCAAAUUGGAAAAAACAUUUGAAACUUUACCAGCACCACGGACAAUCGCUACACAAGUUCGUGAAGAAAUUGAAGAAUUCAAAGAACAUUUACCAUUAGUUACUGCAUUAUUUAAUCCAGGUUUACACGAAAGACAUUGGGAACAAAUUUCAGAAAUUGUUGGUUUUAAACUGAGUAAUCAAGAUGAAGGAAUGUGUUUGGCCAAAUUGAUUUCAAUGCAUCUUGAACCAUAUAUACCUAAAUUUGAUUCAAUCUCUGAAGCUGCUAGUAAAGAAAAUAGUCUUGAAAAAACACUAGAUAAAAUGCACAAAGAAUGGGAACCAAUAGAGAUCAACUUGGUACCAUAUCGUGACAGUGGUACAUUGAUAUUGUCUUCAGUGGAUGAAAUACAAGUAAUGUUGGAUGAUCAUAUUGUGAAAACGCAAACAAUGCGUGGAUCACCUUUUGUCAAACCAUUUGAGGUGGAAAUCAAAGAAUGGGAAGAGAAGUUAAUUUUAACUCAAGACAUAUUAGAUGAAUGGUUAAAAGUACAAGCCACAUGGUUAUAUCUUGAACCAAUAUUUAGUUCACCUGAUAUUAUGGCACAAAUGCCAGAUGAAAGUAGAAAAUUUACUACAGUUGAUAAAAUAUGGAAAGAUUUAAUGAAAACUGCUAAUAGUGAUCGACAUCUGCUAAAUGUUAUCAUGAUUAAUAAAAUGUUGGAUAAACUACGUAAAUCAAAUGAAUUACUUGAAAAUAUAUUAAAAGGAUUAAAUGCUUAUUUAGAAAAGAAACGUUUAUAUUUUCCAAGAUUUUUCUUUUUAUCUAAUGAUGAAUUACUGGAAAUUUUAUCUGAAACAAAAGAUCCAACAAGAGUUCAACCACAUUUAAAAAAAUGUUUUGAAGGUAUUGCAUCGUUAGAAUUCACUAAAACAUUAGAUAUUACACAUAUGAAAAGUAGUGAAAAUGAAAUUAUUGAAUUGGUUGAUGUGAUAUCCACAUCAAAAGCACGUGGUUCUGUGGAAAAAUGGUUAUUAGAAUUAGAAGAUGAUAUGAUUCAUUCAGUACAAGUCAAUAUUAAUAAUGCAUUAAUGGAUUAUUUAGAAACACCACGUAAUCAAUGGGUUAAAAUAUGGUGUGGUCAAGCUAUAUUAGCCGGUUCAAUGUAUUAUUGGACAAUGAAUGUUGAAGAGGCAGUACAAAAUGGUUCUGAUGCUAUGAAGAAUUAUUUACAAGUAAACAAUCGGCAAAUAGAAGAAAUUGUUACUAUGGUUAGAGGACAAUUAUCUAAACAAAAUCGUACAACAUUACAAGCAUUGAUUGUAUUAGAUGUUCAUGCACGUGAUGUUCUAGCUGAACUUAUAUCACUUAAAUGUCAAUCCAACACAGAAUUUUCAUGGCUUAGUCAAUUACGUUAUUACUGGAUUGAAAAAAAGCUUGUGACGCGUAUGAUUAACUCACAUUUAAAUUAUGGUUAUGAAUAUUUGGGUAAUACUGGACGAUUAGUUAUCACACCAUUGACUGAUCGAUGUUAUCGAACGUUAUUUGGUGCAUUGCAUUUACAUUUGGGUGGUGCUCCAGAAGGUCCAGCUGGUACAGGGAAAACAGAGACAACAAAAGAUCUUGCAAAAGCAGUAGCUAAACAAUGUGUUGUAUUCAAUUGUUCCGAUGGACUGGAUUAUAUUGCGUUGGGUAAAUUUUUCAAGGGACUGGCAUCAUGCGGUGCUUGGUCAUGUUUCGACGAAUUUAAUCGUAUUGAUUUAGAAGUGCUUUCUGUAGUCGCUCAACAAAUUUUAACUAUUCAACGUGCAAUUCUUGCAAAUCAAACAAGUUUAAUAUUUGAAGGCACUGAAAUUAAAUUAGAUCAAACAUGUGCUGUAUUCAUUACAAUGAAUCCUGGUUAUGCUGGACGUUCGGAACUUCCGGAUAAUUUAAAAUGUAUAUUCUUUUUUGCUUAUGUUUGGUCAAUCGGUGCAACUACCGAUAAAGAUGGUCGAUUGAAAUUUGAUAAAUUAACACGUGAAUUAAUGAAUGGUGGUAUGAUGGAAGAGACAAGACAACGACUGGCAUUAAUUGAACCAGUUCCACCACCGAUUGAAGAUUAUAAACGUCCAUUCCCAAUAAAGAAAACAGUUUACGAUUAUAAAUUAGUAAUGAAAACCACUAAUACAGAAGGAACGGAAGAUGAGAUCCCAAUUAAUUGGGAGUUAUGGAGUGAAACUGUAAAGCUGGCGCCACCAAUACCUGCAGAUGCUACUUUCAAUGAAAUAAUCGUACCAACAGAAGAAACUGUUCGAUGUAAUCAUUUAUUAAAGUUAUUUGUUUUGAAUGAUAAACCAUCAUUAUUUAUCGGUCCAACUGGUACUGGGAAAUCAUGUUAUAUAAUGGAUUUUCUUAUGAACAGAGUGGAAAAAGACAUCUACAAACCGCAUACAUUGAAUUUUUCCGCACAAACUAGUGCAAAUCAAACACAAAAUAUUAUUUUAUCAAAAUUAGAUCGUCGACGUAAAGGUGUAUUUGGACCACCGAUGGGUAAAAAACUUAUUGUAUUUGUCGAUGAUUUAAAUAUGCCAAUCAGAGAAAUUUAUGGUGCACAACCUCCAAUUGAAUUAUUACGUCAAUGGUUAGAUCAUUGGAAUUGGUAUGAUUUAAAAACAAAUGAAUCAAUUCGAUUAAUUGAUUUACUUUUCAUUGGUUCUAUGGGUCCACCAGGAGGAGGACGUAAUGUGAUUACACCAAGAUUUUUACGUCAUUUAAAUAUUGUCACUGUUAAUGAAUUUGAUGAUCAUACAAUGAAAACAAUAUUUACAAGAAUUAUGGAUUGGCAUAUCGGUGUAAAAGGCUUUAGUCAAGAUUUUACUACAAUGCCAAAACAAAUAGUGGAGGCAACACUUGAAGUAUAUAAAGGUGCAUUACAAAACCUGUUGCCAACGCCAACCAAAUCUCAUUAUCUAUUUAACUUACGUGAUUUCAGUCGUGUUAUUCAAGGUAUUCUACUAUCGGUUCCUGAAUCAGCUGAAACCUUAGACUCUAUGAAACGUUUAUGGGUUCAUGAAGUAUUUCGUGUUUAUUAUGAUCGUUUAGUCGAUGAUGCUGAUCGUGAAUGGUUAUUCACUUUUAUACGACAAUGUGUCAAAACACAUUUGGAAGUGGAAUUCAAUACAUUAUUUCAACACUUAACUGGUGAUAAUGAAACUGAGGUCACAGAAGAUCAUCUUCGAUCUCUCAUGUUUUGUGAUUUUGCUGAUCCUAAAGGAAGACGUAAUUAUUCUGAAGUACAAGAUGUUGAACAAUUACGUAAAGUAACUGAAACUUAUUUAGACGAGUACAAUCAAUUAAGCAAGAAACCUAUGAAUUUAGUACUUUUCCGUUUUGCCAUAGAACAUGUAUGUCGUAUUGCACGCAUAUUAAAACAACCAAAAUCUCAUGCAUUACUUGUUGGUAUCGGAGGUUCAGGACGUCAAUCACUUACUCGAUUAGCUGCUCAUUUGUUAGAGUUCGACUUAUUUCAAGUUGAAAUCUCUAAAAAUUACGGUGUCAAUGAAUGGAAAGAAGAUUUAAAGCAUAUAUUGAAAAAAUCCAGUGAAACUGACAAUCACGCAGUUUUCCUAUUCACUGAUGUACAAAUUAAACAAGAAAGUUUUCUAGAAGAUAUUAAUAAUUUAUUAAAUGCUGGUGAAGUGCCAAAUCUUUAUGCAACUGAUGAAAAAACUGAAUUAUGCGAAAAAAUGCGUCAACUCGAUCGAACCAGAGAUAGAAAUAAACAGACCGAUGGUUCACCAACAGCAUUGUUUAAUUAUUUCAUACAACGUGUUCGUGAACAAUUACAUGUUGUUCUGGCAUUAAGUCCAAUCGGCGACUCGUUUCGUAAUCGUUUGAGAAAAUUUCCCUCGUUAGUUAAUUGUUGCACCAUUGAUUGGUUCCAGGCAUGGCCAGAAGAUGCUUUAACAGCUGUUGCUACACGUUCAUUGAAAGAUAUUGAAAUGGCUGAUGAUAUUCGUAAAGGUUGCAUUGAUUUGUGUAAAUUUUUUCAUACUAGUACAUGUACUCUAUCAAAUCGAUUCUUACUUGAAUUAGAUCGACAUAAUUAUGUGACACCUACAUCAUAUCUUGAAUUAAUCACUACAUUUAUAACAUUAUUAUCAAAAAAACGAACGGAAGUAUUAACUCAAAAAAGUCGUUAUGAAGUUGGUUUGGAAAAAUUAGGUAGUGCAGCUAGUGAAAUUAGUAUCAUGUCAGUGGAAUUACAGUCACUUCAACCGAAACUUGUACAAGCCAGUAAAGAAGUGGAUGAAGUUAUGGUUGUUGUGGAACAACAAAGUGCUGAAGCAGCGAAACAAGAAAAAGUUGUACGUGUUGAUGAAGCGGUAGCUGGUGAACAAGCAAGAGCUGCGGAAAAAAUGAAAGAAGAAUGUGAUAGUGAUUUAGCUGAAGCAAUACCAAUAUUAGAGUCAGCUUUGAAAGCUUUAGAAACAUUGACACCAGCUGAUAUUACAAUUGUUAAAACAAUGAAAUCACCACCAGCCGGUGUACGUUUAGUUAUGGAAGCUGUUUGUGUUGUGAAAGGCAUUAAACCCGACCGUAUCAAUGAUCCUGCUGGAACCGGUAGAAAAAUUGAAGAUUAUUGGGGUCCAUCAAAAAAACUACUCGGUGAUAUGAAAUUUUUAGAAAGUUUAAAAAAUUUCGACAAAGACAAUAUACCAACAGCGAUAAUGAAAACAGUUCGUGAUCGAUAUAUACCAAAUCCUGAUUUUAAACCAGAACGUGUUGCUGUUGCUUCAACCGCCGCUGAAGGUCUUUGUAAAUGGGUGAUCGCCAUAGAACGUUAUGAUGUCGUGGCAAAAAUUGUCGCGCCAAAAAAAGAAGCAUUAGCUAAAGCUAUGGCAGAAUAUGAUACAGCAAUGAAUGCGCUAAAUAUAAAACGUGCAGCACUCAAAGAAGUACAAGAUCGUUUAAAAUUAUUAACAGAUGAUUUAGAAAUGAAUAAACGUAAAAAAAUCGACUUGGAAAAUAAAGUUGAUUUAUGUACAAAGAAAUUAGAACGUGCUGAACAAUUGAUCGGUGGUUUGGGCGGUGAAAAAUCACGUUGGAUUGAAGCAGCUAAAUCACUUGGUAUACAAUAUACCAAUCUUACUGGAGAUAUAUUAAUUUCUAGUGGAUUAGUCGCGUAUUUAGGUGCAUUCACAUCAACAUUUCGUCAAAUACAAGUGAAAAUUUGGUUAGAUGAAAUUAUGAAAUAUUCAAUUCCAUGUUCAGAAACAUUUAGUUUAGUGCAUACACUGGGUAAUCCAGUUGACAUUAGAGCAUGGAAUAUUGCUGGUUUACCGACAGAUGAUUUUUCCAUUGAAAAUGGAAUAAUUAUUGCCAAUGCAAGACGUUGGCCAUUAAUGAUUGAUCCAACUAGCCAAGCGAAUAAAUGGAUAAAAAAUAUGGAGAAAAAGAAUAAUUUACAAAUUAUUAAACUAACUGAUACUGAUUUUGUUCGCACAUUAGAAAAUUGUAUACAAUUCGGUACACCGGUAUUACUAGAAAAUAUUGGUGAAGAAUUAGAUCCAACAUUAGAACCAUUAUUAUUAAAACAAACAUUUAAACAAGGAGGUGCAUUGUGUAUUAAAAUUGGUGAUUCUAUUGUUGAAUAUUCACCGGAAUUUCGUUUUUAUAUGACAACAAAGUUCCGAAAUCCGCAUUACUUACCAGAAACUUCAGUCAAAGUAACUUUAGUUAAUUUUAUGAUUACUGAAGAAGGUUUACAAGAUCAAUUAUUGGGUAUUGUAGUAGCACGUGAAAGACCAGAGUUGGAAGAAGAAAAGAAUAAACUCAUAUUACAAGGUGCUGCAAAUAAGAAAAAAUUAAAAGAACUGGAAGAUCAAAUUCUUGGUGUACUAUCCUCCUCAGAAGGCAAUAUUUUAGAAGAUGAAAGUGCAAUUAAAGUGCUGAAUUCAUCGAAAGAAUUAUCCAAUGAAAUAGCAGAGAAACAAGCAUAUUUUGAAGAAACUGAACAAAAAAUCGAUAUAGCCCGUUUAGGUUAUGUACCAAUUUCUGUGCAUACAGCUAUUUUAUUCUUUUCCAUAUCUGAUCUAGCUAAUAUUGAUCCAAUGUAUCAAUAUUCCUUAACCUGGUUUAUUAAUCUAUUCAUCAUGGGUAUUGAUAAUUCUGAGAAAUCCGAUAAUCUAGAAGAACGUUUGACUAAUCUACGAAAUUAUUUAACAUAUUCGUUAUAUUGUAAUGUAUGUCGAUCAUUAUUUGAAAAAGACAAACUACUAUUUUCAUUCUUACUUUCUAUCAAUAUGCUUCGACACGAAGGUAAAUUAGUUGAAGAAGAAUGGAGAUUUUUAUUAACCGGUGGUGUUGGUUUAGAUAAUCCACAUUCAAAUCCAUCUAGUUGGUUACAGAAUAAAUCAUGGGAUGAAUUAUGUCGACUCAAUGAGAUCACUGCUUUUGCUGGUAUACGUGAACAUUUUGCAAGUAAUCUUAAUGCAUGGAAACAUAUAUAUGAUAGUGUUGAACCGCAUAAUGAAAAAUUACCAGCUGAUUUAACACAGAUUAAAACACAAAUGCAAUUUCUUUGUAUACUACGUGUUCUACGACCGGAUAAAAUUGUACCAGCUAUACAAAAUUUUGUUUUAACAAAUUUAGGCAAAAAAUAUAUUGAACCGCCACCUUUUGACUUACCAGGUGCAUUUGGUGAUUCUUCAUCUACAGUUCCCUUAUUAUUUGUUUUAUCACCUGGUGCUGAUCCUAUGGUUGCAUUGUUGAAAUUUGCUGAAGAUAUGGGAUUUGGUGGUUCAAAAUUUGAAUCUUUAUCACUUGGUCAAGGUCAAGGUCCGAUAGCUUUAAAAAUGAUCGAACGUGGUAUAAAAGAUGGUACAUGGGUAUUAUUGCAAAAUUGUCAUCUAGCACCAAGUUGGAUGGGUAUAUUAGAGAAAACUGUGGAAGAAUUUAAUCCGGACACAACACAUCCAGAUUUCCGUUUAUGGUUGACAAGUUAUCCUAGUAAUGAUUUUCCUGUGUCCAUUUUACAAAAUGGUGUCAAAAUGACCAAUGAACCACCGAAAGGUUUACGUUUUAAUCUAUGGAGAUCUUAUUUAAGCGAUCCUAUUUCUGAUCAAGAAUUCUUCCAGUCAUGUCCAAAUCAACAUGCUUGGAAGAAGUUGUUAUUUGGAUUAGUAUUCUUUCAUGCUAUUGUGCAAGAAAGACGUAAAUUUGGACCGCUCGGUUGGAAUACACCGUAUGAAUUUAACGAAACAGAUUUACGUAUAUCGGUUCAACAGUUACAUAUGUUUCUUGGACAGUAUACCGACGUUCAAUAUGAAGCAUUGCGUUAUUUAACUGGUGAAUGUAAUUAUGGUGGUCGAGUUACUGAUGAAUGGGAUAGGCGUACUUUAAAAAAUGUUUUAAUGCGUUUCUAUUGUCCAGAAGUUGUUGAUCAAGUAAAACAUCCAUUCGAUUCAAGCGGAAUCUAUUAUGCACCUGAAGAUACAGAUUAUGAAAAUUAUAUUGAAUACAUAAAAACACUUCCAUUGAAUCCUGAUCCAGAAAUUUUUGGUAUGCAUCAAAAUGCUGAUAUUACUAAAGAUCAACAAGAAACUAAUUUAACAUUUGUUAAUAUACUUUUAACUCAAUCAAAAGGGACUUCAUCAUCUGGGAAAUCACUUGAUGAAAUAGUUGAUGGAGUUGCUGCUGAUGUUUUAUCUCGUCUACCGUCUAAUUUUGAUACAGAAAUAGUAUUAAGAAAAUAUCCAACAUGUUAUGAACAAAGUAUGAAUACAGUAUUAGUACAAGAAAUGGUUCGUUUCAAUGCACUCUUAAGUAUAAUACGUUCAAGUUUGAAAAAUAUUCGAUUAGCUAUUAAAGGUCUAGUAGUGAUGUCAUCGGAUUUAGAAGAUGUAGUAGCAGCAAUACUUGCUUCGAAAAUUCCCAAAUUAUGGAUGAAAAAAUCAUAUCCAUCCUUAAAACCACUUGGUUCUUAUGUAAAUGAUUUUCUAGCACGUUUGAAAUUUCUUCAGGUAUGGUAUGAACAAGGACCUCCACCGGUAUUUUGGUUAUCCGGCUUCUUUUUCACUCAAGCUUUUCUUACUGGUGUACAACAAAAUUAUGCACGAAAGCAUACAAUACCAAUUGAUUUGUUGUCUUUUGAAUUUGAAGUAUUAGACGACAUUAAGCAUACAGAUGCUCCAUCCGAAGGCGCUUACAUAUCUGGUCUAUUCGUAGAUGGUGCAAGAUGGGAUAGGAAUACAAAAAAAUUAGCAGAAGCUUUACCAAAAGUUUUACAAGAUACUAUGCCACCUAUUUGGUUAUUACCAAAGAAACGCAGUGAUAUUCAACCAAGACCCAGUUAUACAGCACCAGUUUAUAAAACAAGUGAACGUCGAGGUGUUCUAUCCACAACUGGACAUUCUACAAAUUUUGUGUUACCGAUUCUAUUAACAUCAGAUAAACCGGAAAGUCAUUGGAUUAUGAGAGGAGUUGCUUUAUUAUGUCAAUUAGAUGACUAAAUGCAGUGAUAAUAUAAGAAAUUUAAGUUCUGAAUGCUUGAUACACAAUUGCUAAUGCACAAAAACAACCAUACUUUUAUUGUAUUCAUAUCUUAGAAACAUACUUUAUAUAUAUAUAUAUAUAAC